CUUCCCGGGCCGGCUGCGUAGCCAUAUACACUACGUGCGUACACGGGAGCCACCGGCACCGCCCUUGCCCCGUAUAACAAGAGCACAACGCUUGCGAAUCUACUCACCCACACCGGUGAUCCCGGCCUCCGUAACGUACAGACACAGCGACCGGGCGUCAUGGCGGGGGAGGAUGCAACUAGGGCGGCGACGGAAGAAGAGCUGACGUCGGUUGCGGAGGCGGCGCCGGUGACGGCCCAGCGGCCGGUCCGGUCCGACCUGGAGAAGUACAUCCCAAAGCCAUACCUGGCUCGAGCUCUGGUGGCGCCGGACGUGUACCAUCCUCAAGGGAGCAAGGAGGGCGGGCACGAGCACCGCCACAGGAGCGUGCUGCAGCAGCACGUCGCCUUCUUCGACAUGGAUGGCGACGGCGUCAUCUACCCAUGGGAAACUUACCAAGGGCUGAGGGCGCUGGGCUUCAACAUGAUCGUGUCCUUCGUCAUCGUCAUAAUCAUACAUGCUACUCUCAGCUACACAACUCUGCCCAGCUGGGUACCGUCUCUCCUCUUCCCAUUCUACAUCGACAACAUCCACAGGGCCAAGCAUGGCAGCGACACCGCGACUUACGACACCGAGGGAAGGUACAUGCCGGUGAAUUUCGAGAACAUAUUCAGCAAGAACGCCCGCUCGUCGCCGGACAAGCUCACAUUCCGGGAGAUUUGGACGAUGACCGACGACCAGCGGCAGGCGAACGACCCAUUUGGAUGGGUGGCGAGCAAGGCGGAGUGGAUACUGCUGUACAUGCUCGCCAAGGACGAGGAGGGGAACCUUCCCAGAGAGGCUAUCCGCCGCUGCUUCGACGGUAGCCUGUUCGAGUUCAUCGCCGACGAGAGGAGGCAGGCGCACGGGAAGCAGCACUAGCCUGCGUGCAACGCUGUCGGCCCGGCCGGAAUGCAUGUCUUCGUGUCUAAAACUGUGGACUGGCUACCAUCUCAUGUAUGCCUAAUGCAAUAAGUUGUGCCCUCCUCAAAGUUUCAUCAGAACAAGAAACAUCGUCGUUUUCAAUAA